AUGCGGUCCCUGAACAUCACCCCUGAGCAGUUCGCCAAGCUCCUGCGGGACAACAACGUGACACGGGAGCAGUUCAUCGCCCUUUACGGGCUACAGCCGCUGGUGUACAUCCCGGAGCUGCCGGGGCGCACCAAGGUGGCUUUCGUUCUCAUCUGCGUGCUCAUCUUCGUUUUCGCGCUCUUUGGCAACUGCCUGGUGCUCUACGUGGUGACCCGCAGCAAAGCCAUGAGGACGGUCACCAACAUCUUCAUUUGUUCGCUGGCACUCAGCGACCUCCUCAUCGCCUUCUUCUGCGUCCCCUUCACCAUGUUGCAGAACAUCUCCUCCAACUGGCUCGGCGGUGCAUUUGCUUGCAAGAUGGUACCAUUUGUUCAAUCCACUGCUAUUGUAACUGAGAUUCUUACAAUGACCUGCAUUGCUGUGGAAAGACACCAGGGAAUUGUGCAUCCCCUAAAAAUGAAGUGGCAGUACACCAAUAAAAGAGCUUUCACGAUGCUUGGCAUAGUCUGGUUGCUGGCACUUAUUGUUGGGUCACCUAUGUGGCAUGUGCAACGGCUGGAGGUUAAAUAUGACUUUCUGUAUGAAAAAGUGUAUGUUUGUUGCUUGGAAGAAUGGGCCAGUCCGAUUUAUCAGAAGAUAUAUACAACCUUUAUUCUCGUUAUACUCUUCCUUCUUCCACUGAUGUUGAUGCUUUUUUUGUACACUAAAAUUGGCUAUGAACUCUGGAUUAAGAAACGAGUGGGAGAUGCUUCAGUUCUUCAAACCAUUCAUGGGAGUGAGAUGUCUAAAAUAUCAAGGAAGAAGAAACGGGCAAUUGUUAUGAUGGUGACAGUGGUGUUUCUCUUUGCAGUCUGUUGGGCCCCUUUCCAUGUGAUUCACAUGAUGAUAGAAUACAGUAACUUUGAAAAGGAGUACGAUGAUGUGACAGUCAAAAUGAUCUUUGCGAUUGUCCAGAUUAUAGGUUUCUUCAAUUCGAUUUGCAACCCUAUUGUGUAUGCCUUCAUGAAUGAAAACUUCAAGAAAAAUUUUUUAUCUGCCAUCUGCUUCUGCAUUGUCAAAGAAAAUUCAUCACCAGCCAGGCAGCUGGGGAACUCAGGGAUUACUCUGAGGCGGCAAAAGGCUGUUUCUCAAAGAGAUCCUGUUGACUCGGAUGAAGGCAGGAGGGAGGCAUUCAGCGAUGGCAACAUUGAAGUGAAGUUCUGUGAUCAGCCAGCUUCCAAAAGACAUUUGAAAAGGCACCUUGCCUUAUUCAGCUCUGAGCAUACUGUGCAUUCUGCCUUAGGAAAUGGACACUAG